GAAGUGCGCAUGCGCUGGGCUACGCUCGCGACAACAUGGACGACUUUCAAACGGCUGAGGAGACUACUUUUGUUGUGGACGAAGUGAGCAGUAUCAUUAAGGAGUCUGUGGAUGCAGCGAUAGGGGGCAGUACCUAUCAGCACAGCAGGGUGAACCAGUGGAGCAGCAGUGUGGUGGAGAACUGCCUCGGUCAGCUCACCAAACUGGGCAAGCCUUUCAAGUACAUUGUGACUUGCAUCAUUAUGCAGAAGAAUGGAGCGGGUCUUCAGACAGCCACUUCGUGUUUCUGGGACAAUACAACUGAUGGCAGCUGCACAGUGCGGUGGGAGAACAAAUCCAUGUACUGCAUUGUCAGUGUGUUCGGUUUGGCCAUAUGAGUCUCACCUCCACACCCUCUACUUAUGUUGUUGGUGACCAAACCCUUUUGCCCAGCACAGUGUCUUUUUUUUUUUUUGAUUAAUAAUCCUGGAAUAAAUUAC